AUGAGUGAUGACUUUCCAGUAUUAGGUUCUAAGGAAUCAAAGAGAGCACCAAAUAAAAAUAAUAAACCUGUUAUCGUUGGAAACAAUCAGAAACCACAACAACAACCAAAGCAACCAUUUGUCCAACAACAACAACAACAGCCACAACCACCAGUAGUAGCACCACUACAACAAAAUAAAGCAAUCGUUUCAAUUGCAGAUAUAGGUGCAAAUCUAGCAGAUCGUUCUUUUGAGCGUGAUUUAAAUGCUGUUUUAAUUAAAAGUGGAAAUAGAGGUGUCAAUCAUGUUAUAAUAACAGGUACAUCAAUUAGAUCUACUCAAAAAGCAUUGGAAAUCAUUGGAAAGUAUAAGGACAAUGUUCCAGGUGGUGUCAAACUCUAUUGCACUGCUGGAGUACAUCCACACGAAGCAGAGAGAGCUCAUCCCAAUUCGAUUGACGACCUCAGAUCGAUGGCAUUGAAGAAUCCAGGUGUUGUAGUGUCGCUAGGUGAGUGCGGUCUCGACUUUGACCGUAACUUCUCGACACCACAGUCACAGUGCGACAUGUUUGAGAAGCAGAUACAGCUGGCCAUCGAAUUGAAGAUGCCGUUGUUCAUCCACGAGCGUGCAGCACACCGAAAGUUUGUAGAGAUCGUCUCAAAGUAUUGCAAUGCCGGAACGAUGCCAAAGUCAGUGGUUCAUUGCUUCACAGGAACAAGAGACGAGGUUGAACUCUACUUGAAGAUGGGAUUCUACAUUGGUUUGACCGGUGUCAUCACCCAACAGAAACGUGGACAAACUCUGAGGGACAUUCUCUCUGCCAAGAUCAUCCCGCUGAAUCGAUUGAUGAUUGAAACCGACGCACCCUACAUGACUCCACACGAUAUGAAUGAAGAGGAUCGUCAGAAACAACCACAACACAGCACACACGGUGGUAAGCAACAUCAUCAACGUAACGAGCCAGCCUAUCUCACCUACGUAUUAGCAACCAUUGCCACCUGCUAUGGUAUCUCACUUGAAGAAGCUGCUCAACAUACUUUAAAUACAACAAAAGAAUUCUUUAACAUAUAA